AUGCAACGAUUCGUCUCUGCUUUCUACAUUUCCUGGGAUGAAAGGUUUGCCUAUAAAGCUGCGGACGGAGAAGAACUGCGAGCGAAGGUAAAUUGCUCGGAUAUAAAUGAUGAGCUGGGACAAAUUAAAUUCCUGCUGUCGGAUAAAACCGGAACGCUGACUGAAAACGAAAUGAAUUUGAAAAGCUGUUCGAUUGGUGGGGUGAGGUUUGAUCUUGUAGGAAAUCAACUCGUCCGCGCGGACACCAAAGCCGAGCUGCUCCCCCACCACGACCCCGCCGUUUACCAAUUCUUCCUCGCCAUGGCGCUUUGCCACACUGUUCAAGCCAAAGUCGACCGAAAGCCAAAGUUCACCUCUCCCGAAGCUCAAGCGGGCGAUUCCUUCACUCUUUCUCCCGCCAAACUCAACAUACAGUACUCUGCCUCCAGUCCCGACGAGUUGGCGCUUGUCGAAGCGGCCAAAAACCUCGGAGUGGCGUUCACCGGAGCAAGCGAAGAAUCCCCAAAUAUGAUUCAAGUUCAAACAUGUACAAAAGCUAGAAAAUUCAGCGUAGAAGAUGUCAUCGAGUUUACAUCAGCGAGAAAACGUCAAUCUGUUAUUCUCAAGGAUGAAAAUGGCGUUUAUCUUAUCCUGACUAAAGGAGCUGAUAGUCAUGUGCUCCCACUAGUCACACAGGGCCCAGUAAAGCAAAUUGAGAACAGUGUGCUAGAAUUUUCUAUGGACGGAUUCAGGACGCUUAUUUUGUGCAAAAAGCUCGUAACUCAGGAAGAAGGAGACCGACUUGUGAAAUCUUUAUCCGAAGCAAAGUCGAUCGUAAACGACGCUGUGCGAAAUAAAGCACUAGAAUCGAUCUACGACGAAAUCGAGUCAGACCUUCAGUUGAUGGGAGCAACUGCAGUGGAAGAUAAGUUACAGACAAAUGUAGCAUCAACGAUGGCGAAUUUGCGAGAAGCUGGAAUUUUCGUAUGGGUUCUGACUGGAGACAAGGAAGAAACUGCCUUAGCUGUUUCAAGAAUGGCAAGACAUAUUGAUUCAUCGACGAAGAUUCUAAAAAUCGAAGGCGAAAAUACGACAGAAAUUGGAAGAUCCAUCGCCGAUGCGAUUCGUCAACUCUCUCCUGGAAGCGAAUUCGGUGGACCGAUCAGGAAAAAUUGCGGGCGCGGAUGGGCGCUUGUCAUUCCUGGCGCUGUCGUUUCCGUUGCGAUCAGAGAUCACAAAAAGAUUCUUCAGACUUUGCUUAUUCAAAUCCGUCCGGAAUCAGUUAUUUGCUGCCGAAUGGCGCCAAUUCAGAAGGCUCAAAUAGUGAAACUCGCAAGAGCACAUGAAACUGGCAAUGAUCUGACCCUCGCAAUCGGUGACGGGGCUAAUGAUGUAUCGAUGAUUCAAGAGGCCCAUGUUGGUGUCGGCAUUUUCGGAAAAGAAGGACGAGCUGCUGCUCAAAAUGCAGAUUAUGCUAUCCCUCGAUUUUGCCAUCUGGAAAGGCUUCUUCUCUUCCAUGGGAGAAUGUUCUACGACCGUCUUGGUAACCUGAUUCAGUACUUUUUCUACAAGAACCUGACAUUCGUUCUCCCACAAAUUCUCUUCCAGCUCCAAUGUGGCUUUUCCCAAACAACCCUCUACGAUGGCAUCUAUCUAACAAUGUACAACACGGCCUUCACUGCAUUCCCAGUGCUGUUCUACGGAAUUCUUGAAAGAAAUCUACCUGAAGAAUCUGUCGAGAAAAAGCCACACAUUUACAAAGACAACGCAAAUAAUAAGCAUUUGUCCAUGAGAGCGUUUGUUCGCUGGACCGUCGAAGGUUUCCUUCAUGGAUUGAUAAUUUAUUGUUGGUCUUCGAUCUACUACCACGGCAGGCCGUCGGACAACUUCCAGUUUGGUAUUGGCUGCUACACGAGCAUUGUUCUUGUGGUCACAGCUAGACUCGCUGUUGAGACGUCUUGCUGGACGUGGCUAACGCAUUUGGUUCUCUGGGGCACUAUCCUUAGCUACUUCAUCUUCGCAUUCAUUUACUCCUCCACUGUCUGGAGCUUCUCCGCCCAUGGCGGCAACGUCUACUGGCUGAUGCAGCGUCAGUGGGGCUCCGCAUACACCUGGCUUCUCAUACCCAUCAUGCUUGUAAUUUGCAUUUUGCCCAUUAUUGCCCAAAAAACCUUCAUGAACGAACUCUUCCCCAGCGAGACGCACAUCGAAAUGCGUCAGGUGAACAUCCAGUCCUCUCACGAAGACUACACGAUAUCUCCAGUUUACCAGCUCAAUCGCCUCAUCCGCUGGUGGCAAAGAAAACGCGGCCACGAAGAUGCCCAGCCUAUACCUAUCCACCAAAGUCAAUCUUAUGACGGUAUUUUCUGUAGGUCUGACGAUAUGAACAGAUUUGGCAUUUAA